AUGCCUCAAAGUGUCCAUAGCCCGUUUCCGGCGUCUUUGUCGAGCGAGUGCGACAAAGCAGCGCAAAUUAUCGAAUCUUUUACCAAUCCCAAUGCUUUCAAUAGCCCGGGUCGCACCAUUCCUCGGAAGAUCCUCAUUGGCGCCAAGGGCCUGGUAAUCCUCACAGUCGCCAAAGUCGCAUUCCUAGGAUCCAUCCGCAUCGGAUCCGGUGUUCUCGUUGCGCGUCUGAAAGAUGGGUCGUGGUCUGCCCCGUCAGCCAUCAUGUCCUUCGGAGGUGGUUUUGGAGGCCAGUUCGGCGUCGAGUUGACGGACUUUGUCUUCAUUCUUCAUAACGAUCUUGCCGUACGCACCUUCGCGCAGCUGGGGAGCUUGACGCUAGGUAUUAAUGUGUCGCUGGCGGUGGGACCGCUCGGACGAAAUGGGGAGAUCGCGAGCGGUGUUAGUCCUGGGGGUGUUACGGGGAUAUUUACCUACGCACAGACUAAAGGGUUCUAUGGUGGUGCGAGUGCUGAGUUGAGUCUGAUAGUUGAGAAUCGGCCUGCGAAUGGGAAACUGUACGGCAGGAAGGUCAAGGCAUUGGAGUUGUUGAGCGGUGAUGUUCCUCCGCCUGAAGAGGCCAGCGCGCUUAUGCGUGCCUUGCAGUCGGAUGUCUUUAAUGGCACCGAUGUGGAACUGGGUCGGGGUAUACCUCCGAAAGAAGCGCCUGCUGAGGUUACGAUUGCGAUUUCGUCGGAGUUACCGUCGGAAGUAGUCUCUGAACAAAGACCUGAGUUGCCAUCUGAAGGGCCUAGCGAGAUUCAUGAAGCAGCAUCAUCGCAACACACCCCAGUUGAAUUACCGUCAAUAUCGGCGACCACGCAGAUUCCAGUUGAACUGCCCGGCUCUAGUCAAGAACUGGACGCUACACCUUCAGAGACCAGACAUCUGGAGCAACAUAACUCCGCAUCUGUUCCCCAGACUAGCGCCAAUAGGGAGGAGUAA